AUGCGGCAAGGUAUUGGGGAUAGUCAUGAGGACUGGGAGAGAAUCGAUGUUGACAAGAAGCGAAAACCGCCAACAUUCUCUGGAGACGAGUAUCAUGAGACAAUGCGGGAAAGAAUCGAUCGAGUCAGCGAGGAUCUAAAGGAUCUUCAAGCCUUCUACAACAUUGAGAUUUCUGACACUCGGAAAGCUCGACUGAAGGAGUAUCUCGAGGAAGCGCUCGCAGAUCUGAGAGAAACGUCAUUCAGAGCCUACGACCAGCAAGGGAAGAUUGAUUUUUUGCUUCUGCAGAACUUUCUACGCAAGGGACUGAAACAACUCGAACUUGACGAAAAGAAGGAUGAGAAAAUGGGGCCGUUGGUUCCAUUUGCUGGGACGAUUGCGAAGCUUUGCGAGGACAGGCAGAUGAUGAAACCUGUGGACGGGGAAAUGGCUGCGAACGAUCUAUUCCAGGUCUCGAAACAGAUUGCGAAAGUGAAGAUCGAAGUGACAGAGGGAAAGGCGAAGGUGGAUAAGACGAGUGCUUUCAGAGCUGCUAAUGCGGUCGAAAGGCUGCGUUGGCAUCUCGCGGAAUGGUUUGGGUUCUUCAAGGGGUAUGAUCCAAUGUUUACUUGGUGGGUUGCUGAACCGUAUGCCAAAGUCGACAAAGAGCUGGCAGAAUUUUCAGCGUUGGUUCGGAAAGAAUUGGUGGGUAUCAAGCCGGGAGACGAAGAUGCAAUUGUUGGAGAGCCGAUUGGAAGGCACGGAUUAUUGGCUGAUCUGGAGUCCGAGAUGAUUCCUUACUCGCCUGAGGAGCUGAUAGAAAUUGGCGAAAAAGAGUACACUUGGUGUGAAGCUGAGAUGAAGAAGGCGUCUCGCGAGUUGGGAUAUGGGGACGAGUGGCGAGAUGCAUUGGAGCAUGUGAAGAGCCUUUAUGUUGGACCCGGCAAGCAACCACAACUCAUCCAUUUCCUCGCAAGGGAAGCCAUCGACUACGUCAAGAAACACAACUUAGUGACGGUACCCAGGAUUGCCGAAGAAACCUGGAGAAUGUUCAUGAUGUCCCCAGCAAGGCAAAAGGUCAACCCCUUCUUCCUGGGAGGCAAGUCAAUUAUCGUUUCGUACCCGGAUGAUACAAUGGACCACGAAGCGAAGAUGAUGAGUAUGCGAGGGAACAACAUCCAUUUCUCACGCUCGACGGUCUUCCACGAAAUGAUCCCAGGCCACCAUCUCCAAUUCCACAUGCUUGCUCGCUAUAAACCGUAUCGGCAGAUGUUUGAUACCCCGUUCUGGAUUGAAGGAUGGGCUCUGUACUGGGAGAUGAUACUUUGGGACAGAGGAUUCCCAAGUACGCCCGAGAACAAGAUUGGGAUGUUGUUUUGGCGGAUGCACCGCUGUGCUCGCAUCAUCUUCUCGAUUAAAUUUCAUCUUGGGCAGAUGACGCCCCAGGAAUGCAUCGAUAUGCUUGUGGACAUGGUCGGGCAUGAGAAAGCCACGGCGGAGGGAGAGGUCAGACGAUCUUUCAAUGGGGAUUAUUCACCGCUGUAUCAAGCGGGGUACAUGCUUGGUGCUCUGCAAAUAUAUUCUUUGAGGAAGGAGCAGAUGCACAGUGGAAAGAUGGGCGAGAAGCAGUUUCAUGAUCGGGUACUGCGGGAAAACAUGAUGCCGAUUGAGCUUUUGAGAGCUUUGAUGGAAGAGAAGGAUGUGGGCCCCGACUUCAAGAGUUCUUGGAGAUUUUAUGAGGGCCAUGAGCAGAGGGAUAAUUUCUCUUCUUGA